CCAAUAAAAAAUCGGUGUCAGUUGUAUAAAAUUUUUGCAAAGAAAUUAUUCGAUUAAUUGGGAUUGAUAAUCAUAAAUAUAUUCAUUUAGCGGCAACGAAAUAAGCAGAAAUAAAUAAAAGUACCACUUUUAAAAGAUUUGAACUCUGGAUGUGGCUGUGGCUAUUGGGGGAUAAAAGAAACGUCAAUAUUAUUCCAAAAUGAAGACUAUUAACCAAAGUCUUUCAAAACAUUUGUCCCAAAUAUUGUUGAGUGCGCUUCUUACAAAAUCAUAUAAAAUUCAAAAUAUACCACGGACCUUUGCCUCGGUAUGCAACAAUCGGAAAAAGCAAAAUCUUUUGAAAUAUCCUGCUCUCAAGUUGGAUGAAACAAUGCCGAAGUUUCUUAAAAGCAUUCAACCAUUGUUGUCGGAUAGCGAAUAUGAAGAAACUGAACAAGUGGCCCAAGAGUUUGUUUGUAACGAAGGGGCUCGUCUACAAGAGUUGCUAGAAAAAACGGCACAGUGCGAAGAAAAUUGGCUGGCUCACAGAUGGUUGAAAUUUGCCUAUUUGGCUAAUCGAAUGCCUGUAACAAUUUACUCAAGUCCAGGCAUGUCAUUUCCAAUAAUGAAAUUCAAAAAUCCGGACGAAUAUUAUGAUUACACAUCCAAACUCAUAAUGGGUUUGGUUAAAUUCAAACGACAAGUGGAUGAGAGUUUGAUACCAAUUGUAAAAAUGGGCAAACUGGAAUUGGAUAAUUCUCAAUUCGGUGCUGUAUAUGGCACCUGUCGCAUACCUCUAAAAGAUGAGGAUGAUAUUGAAUAUAAUCCCAACUCCCAGCAUGUGGUGAUUAUUUAUAAAAAUCAUUUUUACAAACUCCCAGUCUAUAAUAAACAAGAUCGCAUAAUUAAUGCAAAAGUAUUGGCAGAACAACUGAAACGUAUAGCUGAUACGGAAAAAUCGUAUGGCCUUCCAUUGGGGAUUUUGUCGACAGAUCAACGUGACAAUUGGGCCCAAUCAUAUCUGGAGUUAAGUAAAUGCGGAAACAAUUGUCAAAGCCUUAAAUGUAUACAUUCGGCAUUGUUUACGGUUUCCUUGGAUCAAUGUGUAGACUUCACGGACGCUGAUAAAUAUAAUAUUUUGUCUCAUCAACUAAUACAUGGUGGUGGAUCCAAGCAGAACUCAGCCAAUCGUUGGAUGGAUAAAACAAUUCAAGUUAUUGUCAAUCCAAAUGGCAUGAGUGGUUUCUGUUACGAACAUUCUCCAGCUGAGGGUCAGCCAAUUGCCUUAAUGACGGAAUAUUUGACAAAAAUUUUAACCAAACAAUCAGAAUUUGAAGAUGGCUCCAGUGAACAUUACGAUUGCGCCUCAAAAUUGGAGUUUGCAGAACCCACGGACUGUCUAAAAGAUAAAAUAAACAAGGCCAUGGAAAAUGUGGACAAAUUAAUUGAUAAUUUUCACGUGCAAGUCGCCCAUUAUCAAUGCUAUGGUAAAGAAUUUUUGAAACAACAAAAACUAAGUCCAGACAGUUUCAUACAAAUGGCCCUGCAAUAUGCUUUUUAUAAGCAUCACAAAUGUAUUGCAGCCCAAUACGAAUCCGCCCACUUGCGUAUAUACUAUGGUGGGCGCACAGAAACCAUACGCUCAUGUUCCAAUGAAUCCUUGGCAUUUGCCCGAUCCAUGUUGAAUCCCUCGGCCAAUGAUCAAAUUCGAGUUGAUCUCCUCAAAGAAGCUGUAAAUGGCCAUCGUCAAUACACCAAUAUGGCCUUGCAAGGUCGCGGUGUCGAUCGCCAUUUAUUGGGUCUAAAACUUAUGGCAUUGGAGAAUAAAUUACCACUGCCGAAAUUCUAUAGCUCACCGGGCUAUGUGAAAAGUUCUCACUUUCGAAUCUCCACAUCACAAGUUGCCACAAAAAAUUUAGCAUUUAUGAGUUAUGGACCAUCGACGGAUGAUGGUUAUGCCUGUUGUUACAAUCCACGUGAUAAUGACAUAUUUUUGGCGGUAAGUUCAUGGCGUUCGAAUAACGAAACAUGCUCGGAAAAAUAUGCAAAAUCCAUUGAGGAGGCCUUGACGAAAAUGCACGAUAUAUUAUUGAAAACCCAAAAUGAAAAAGGCAAAAAGGAAAUGAAGUGCAAAAAAUAAGAGGCAAUUUUCAGGAGAAUAUUUUGAAUAUUUUGCUCUACGUUUCGCACUUGAAAUAUAAUACGAAUUUUCUUUGUUUUAUCAUAAAAUAAUGGUCUCUAAUUUCCUUCCAAAUAUUUCAAUAUCCAUUUAUGUUGGGUUUUAUUACCCCUAUUUCUUAUUUAAUAAGUUUUUUUAUUUAAAGAAGCAUUGGCAUUUGAUAAUUAUUUUAUUUAAUCCUGUCUUCCCUUUAACAUUUGAAUAGAUUUACAAUUUCCAAUAUUGA